AUGGUGAAGUUCUGCAAUAAUAUGAACAAAACAGAUUAGAAGAUAUGCCUAGCUCUAUAGAGCACAUAAACAGAUUCGAUGUAUUCUAAUUACAACUUUGAAUGGCAUGGACGAUAUGACCAUAUCUUUUUGAAACCAUGAAUGCAAAAAUGGGGAAGACGAUAUAUUUUGUAUUUAUAGAUUUUGGACGAUAUCUUUUUUUACAAUUCUUUGAUUUAGUUUCUAUUCUGGAAGCUGAUAGAGCUUCUUUUUCUGCGAUAGAUUUAAGAUCUUGUGUGAUUGUAACCACGAUUUACUUAGAUUCUUUCCUUAAAACAAAAAUGGAAAUGAUCUUGGAGAAACAAUUAUUCCAAAUACGUAUAAAAAGAUAGCUAGCUACCUAGGAUUGUUAUCGUUAUAAUAAUAACUAGUUAAGAAAUAUAACUUGUUUCUUUGAUCUCCUCACCCACCGCUCUGUUCUGUUUCGUGUUGUUUGAUUUGAUGUCCAUGGAGCCAUGCGCAGACAUGGAGUGUUGCCUGAAAGUCCACUCCAAGUGUGAGUCGUGUAUGAUGAAGACGAUUGAGGUGUUACGUUCUAUCAGUGGAGUCUAUUCGGUGACCUGGGAUGCUGAAAAAAAUAUUUUCAAAAUAUCUGGAGAGGUUGAUCCAAACAUACUUCUCAAGGCAGUGAUGCGGACAGGUGAACAUGCGGAGCUCGUCAAUGUAAAACUCAAUCACCCACAGCUAAGACACACAAACUAUAACUAUAAUUAUAAUAAUCAUAAUUUUGGUUAUGGUUAUCAUAUUCCUUCAUCCUCCUCCUACAGGAGGAGGGAUAUAAGGCCACUGCCUGAGCAUGAAUUCUACCCAGUUACUAGUAGUGCUUACAGGAGGCCACCUGGGAUUCAGUAUCUGCCUUCUAAUUACGACACCACCAGCUAUGGCUAUGGCUAUGAAAACCCCCUGCCACCGGCAACCUAUGUGCCAUCAUAUCCAUAUCAAGAGCAUGAUCCAUAUGCUAAUUAUGAGGGGGUCAGCUUUUGCACCAUCAUGUGACCCUGCCAUUGGAGAUUUGGACUCAACUUUUCAACAUCAAUGUAUCUCUUGUUUCUUUAAUAUUUGUUUUUAGGUUUCUCAGAAACGUUUGAUGAUAUUUUAGCCUAAGUACGUAAAAUAUUUAGGUCAUGUGAGUAUGUGACGUCCUUUGCAGUUUGCAUCCACCGUGAUUUGUUUUUUUUUUUUUCUCUAAAUGGGGAAGACAUAGUAUUUGCGAAAUUUCUUGCGGAAGGCUAGCUAAUUUACAAUGUGUAAGUAAAACAAGGAAUCUAGAAACACAACCAACCAAACUAGUAACAUACCAAACAAUUUGAUUUCACUCUAUUCCAUUUGUCACUGAUAUAAGUUUGACACUACAUCUUGCCCGUGUAGUGUCUCGAGGUCCCUCUUUAAACCAUGAUACCAGCCCUCCUAGAUAUGUAACUUGUUUCGCCCAACAAUCAGCUAAUCAAGAAGGUGAUCCUAACCCCCGACCAGCUGUGUCUAACCCGCUACAGUCCCUUCAUAGUCAAGCUCUUUCAACAACUCGAUCAGACGACAAUGACUAGAUUAACAACACCCUUGGUCCAUGUAGCCCCUUUUAAACCAGAUGAGCAUGAUUUUCAUCUUCUUAGUCGACAUGGUCACGACAUAAUGACAGGUUGCCUUCACACCGCCAUUUUAAGGAAAGUCGGUGAAUGUGAACAAUUUUUGGAUAAUGGUUGCGAAAGAUUUUUUUAGAGAGGAAUGUGCAAAUAGAAAGGAAA